AUGAGGCCAGUAAUUUGUGUUGAUGGAAGUCAUUUGAAGGGCCAAUAUAAGGGAACACUACUAGUAGCUGCAGCGCAAGAUGCUAACCUACAAAUAUAUCCUCUUGCGUGGAGUGUUGUCGAUGGGGAAACAAAUGCAUCGUGGUAUUGGUUCUUUGCAAAGUUGAAAGAUGUCAUUAAUGAUUCAAACCAGCUAGUGUUUGUGUCGGACAGGAAGAAGAGUAUUAAGCGGACAAUUACGAGGUUGUUCCCACUUUCUCACCACGGUGCCUGCAUCUGGCAUAUCGAGAAAAAUCUUAUUGCUAGGUAUAAUAGUAGCAAUGUCAUCUUCUUAUUCAAGCGGGCAGCGCUAGCAUACCGCGUAUCGGAAUUUGAUCAGUUUAUGACACAGAUAAGAACCAUUCAACCAUCAAUGGCAUCUUACUUGGAACGUGCCGGUAUAUCCACUUGGUCACGAGCACAUUUUGUUGGUAAUCGGUACAACGUUAUGACGAAUAACAUUGCGGAGUCACUGAAUUCAGUCCUAAGGUGGCAAACAAGUUUCCCUAUAACCUCGUUGAUCGAAAAUAUUACGUCAUUGAUGCAACAAUGGUUCUACGAGAAAAAAAGUGCAUCCACGAAAUGUAGUAUGAUUGUGACACCAAAAAUUGAUGAUGAAUUGAGAAAAUCAUUCGACGCCGGUGCAACUUUACCAGUACGAAAUUUGGACGAACUCGUUUUUGAGGUAGGUAUAGCUACCGAACUUUGUACUGUCGACCUUAUAGGUAACACAUGUUCAUGUCGAGAGUUUCAGAUGCGACAAAUCCCAUGUUCACAUGCAUCCCGAGCUGCUUGCGCAAAAGAAAAAUCAUUGUAUGAUUUUUGCUCCUGUUACUACACCACAGAAUAUUGGCGAGCUGCGUACAACGAAGUUUUUCACCCCGUUGGACGAGAGUCAGAUUGGGUUGUUCCUCAGUCUAUUCGUUCCGUCGAAGUUUUGCCCCCGAAUAUACGUAGAGCACCAGGUCGACCUCCGACCCAAUGUCAACGGUCAAGGACUGAAAGGUUGACGUUGGGAUGA